AUGACUUCCACACCAGCCGCUCCUUCUGCAUCGGUCGAAGCGCAUCUCGAAAUUCCCGAAGGAGUAUGCGUCCUCACAUACGAGAAACUCGACACCCAAGCCAUCAUACAAUGGGUGGCAGAUGACGGAGCGGGAGCAACAGCAGUCUUCAUUGGCACCACGCGGAACUCUUUCAAAGGCAAAGUGGUCACCCGUUUAGACUAUCAGGCGUACAGCAAGCUUGCCAUCCGGACGAUGGCCGACAUUGUCCGCAACGUUCACAACGCACACACACGCUCAGCACACCAGACCGUCGAGAGCGGUGGCACACAGGCCCGUUCGCUGAUUCGAUCAGCGGUACAUCACCGACUGGGGACAGUUCCCGUCGGCGAGCCUUCAAUCGUGAUCGCGGUCUCUUCGCCUCACCGAAAGGAAGCGUUCAUGGCGUGCGAGCAGAUCCUAGAGGAGGUGAAGCUGAAGGCGCAGAUAUGGAAGAGGGAAUUCUACGAAGGGGAACAGGAAGAGGAUGCCGAGUGGAAGGCAAACGUCGGUCAUUGA